ACAGGUAAGAAGGUAGGCUCAGUCAGUGCUAUGCUUCGUUCACGUGAGCACACCUCUCUGCAUCAUGUGACAUUCAACAUGUAUUUCCAAUCGCAGACUAAUAUCAUUUUUUUCAUCAUGAUUUUCGCCAUUUGUGACAGGGUUCGCGAGGAACGAUCAGAGGGUGAGGGUAGCCGCGAAAGGGUUGAAGUCGGAAAGAAACUUAACAUCGCCAACAUGUAGAUUAGCACGUUUCUAAUUUCUCCAGCCCUUCCAGCGACGACUUUUAAUAAAUCCCUUAUAUGUACAAUAACGACAUAGAAGUCUGCUGCGUUGGAUUCGGAGCCGAGUUGGUUUGCAGUUACACUUCCGGGUUGUCGCCGAGGCAAAGGGAACUUUGCAAGUCUGCCCCGGAGGCUUUCCUGGCUCUAGCACAGGGCCUCAAACUGGGCCUCGCCGAAUGCCAGUACCAGUUCAGGUACCACAGAUGGAACUGCAGUACCGUCGCCAAGGGGCGAUCUUUCGGUCAGAUCGUCAUACUAGGCAGUAGAGAGGCGGCUUUGACGUACGGGAUGGUCAGCGCCGGUGCCGUUUACGCGAUCGCUGCCUCCUGCAGCAGGGGCAACAUAUCAGAGUGUGGCUGCAAAACGGAAAAGAGGUCGCCACAAGAGAAGUGGAAAUGGGGCGGAUGCAGUGUCGAUGUCUCCUACGGGAUGAAGUUCGCCAGGAGGUUCCUCGACGCCAGAGAAUUCGAGAAGGACGCCAGGAGUUACAUGAAUUUGCAUAAUAACAAAGCCGGUAGAUUGGCUGUGAAGGGGUCGAUGGGGCUCGGUUGCAAGUGCCACGGAGUGUCGGGAAGCUGCAGCAUGAAGACGUGCUGGCGUACGUUGCCCCAAUUCAGGAAGGUGGCCGAUUAUCUGGUCAAGAAGUACAGAAGAGCGAGAUCCGUCCGGUGGAACGUCUGGAGCGAUCUGAGGACGAAGAAGACCAAAGUGAAACCCAAGUCAAGAGAGCUCGUUUUUCUAGAACCAUCACCGAACUACUGCGAACGCGACUAUGACGCUGAUUCCCUCGGAACGCACGGUCGCAACUGCUUCACACGAUUUUCAGGGCCGGGUAGCUGCGACCUGCUCUGCUGCGGGCGAGGUUAUAACACAAGGCUGCGGACGAGGGUGUGGCGGUGCAAUUGCAAAUUCCAUUGGUGCUGUCACGUGACUUGCGACACGUGCACCGAAACGAAGGAAGUGCACACUUGUAACUGAAAAUGGAUUGAUUUCUUAAUACGGAAAACCUAAUCCAGGCGGAUCUGAUUUAUAACGUUCUGCCUUGUUAAAAGAAAAAAAAAAGAGGAAUGAGAAAGUAAUGAGAUUUUCAUCAUUCACUGUGCUUACAAACGGACGUUUCUAAUCUUUAAAACAAAAUUAAACUAUCCCGCCGAAAAUGUUUUAAAAAUUAAAACAAAAUCAAGUGAAGGCUCGUGGAUGUACGAUUGUUAAUAAAUAUAUCGACCUUACAUUAAAUCCAGAAAAAAUAUGAGAUUCGUAUUAUGUAACGAUGUAGCUGACUAACAAAAUGUGGCUAGAUAUAACCU